AAAUAAAAAUAAUAAUAAAGAAGAAUAAUAAUAAAAAAGUAAAAUACUCAUAUGAGUGAUGAUUCAUCCCAAAAUACCAAAAAAGAAGGGUAAUAUUAAUAAGUAAAUAAUACUGAAUAUAAAAUCUUGUAACACGGUAAUGCAGAAACUCAUAAUUCAGAUAAGGAAGAAAAAAGAGAAAAUGUGAAAAAGACAAACUCUGGAUGUAUUGAAAAAUUAAAGAGCAAGCAUAAAUAGUUCAGAAAUUGGUGGGAAAGUAUUCCUCCUGUGAAGAGAAUCGCUUCUUUUUUAGCUGCCUAGCUAUUACCUAUGGCAAUAAGCAUAAGCUUAACAAAAACAACUUAAUCUGAUUGGUAGAAUCAUUCAAAUCAAAUUCAAGCUUUGGGUGAUAACUAUAAUUCUCAUUUUUAUAUAGACUUUUCUGUUAAGCAAUAAUGUUCUAUGGAUGAAACAAAUGUUAUGGAAUAUAUAUGGCCUGGAUUAAAUCAAGGAUGUGACUGCUACUCUUCAAGUGGAGUUAUUAAUAGCAACUAUUAGAAUUGCUAAUGUAGUUAAGUACCUUCUUGGGAUCCAGUUGCGUUUUAAUAUCUCUUUACUAAUGGACCAUAAAAAUUGACUCUAUGUGCAAAAAGAUCUCUACUAAACUUCUUUAAUGUAGGACCCUUGUCAGGUCAUUCAUGCACAUCCUUACAAAAAUAAUGUGGAAAUCCUUCGAAGCCUGAGACUGUUCUUUGUGUUGGUUUGAAUGAUCCCUGCCCUAUUUAUGAUAUAAUCUUUACUAAUGGAGUUUAAUAGCCCUAUGCAAGUGAUCCUAAUUGGGGAUAGAUCUAAAUCAAUAGUAACCAAUAUAUCUAUUUUGAUAAGUUAGGAGCAAAUGCAAAUAAUCUUCCCUUAUCUUAAUUUGUAUUUACAGCAGGAGCGGGGGUUUGUAUUGAUAAUUAUACUUAAUAAAAUAUUGAUUAAAUACGCUUAGAUUAUCCACUCUCAAAGAGUUAGAGAACAGCUUGCAGUAAUACUGACCCUAGAUUUUAUUUUGUAUAUUAAAUUGGUGUUAAUUAGCUUUACCUUACAGAAUUUAGUACCCAAGAUUACAAUUUAUUGAGUUAAUUAUCAGGAAUGUAACUGUCAACAUCUACAGAAGUUUAUAAACUAUAUAAAAGACCAUAUGAGCCAUGGAAUGUCAAUGAUAGAUACAAAAUUUUAAUUUUCUAAAGCAUAAUAGAUGAUGUUACUUUCUAAUAAUUUUUAUUUUCUGCCUCCUUUAUUAUAAAUACAGCUGCAUCCAGCGUUUUUUAUGUGUUUGGUAUAAUUUAUGGAUACUAUUAGCACAUAAAUUUAUUGAGAAACGAUAAAUAUAAAAUUGCUAUUUGGAAUGCUUUGAAUACAAUAAUGAGUUUAUUAUCUAAGUCUUUAUCUUUUAUCAUGUCAGUAGUUACAUUAGCUUUCGCUUUAGAUUAUGCCUUGAAAUUUACUGUUUUAAUUAACAAUCACCCUUCUACUGAUAUAUUUUAAUAGCAAUGUUAAAAUUAAUUAGAUUAUAUAAAUUCAAUAUUCAAAUCUAAUUACAUAGUAACAAUUAUUAUUACUGGAAUCUAUCUGCUAAAAGAUAUUAUAGACAUUAUUCCUGACCUAUACACAGCUUACAAAGAGAAGAAAAAACAGUAAUAAUCUUAAAAAGUGAGCUCAGAAAAGUAAGAAUAAGAAAAUAAUAAAGAAAAAAAAUAAUAGGAUGGAAAGAAAGAAAAGAAAUAAACUAAAAACUAAGGAGACCAAAAGUAAAAUUAAGAAAAAUAAUUUGAAGAAUGGAAAAAAUAAUAACUAAAAGAAUAUGAUAAUUGGUAAAAUUUGGUAGCUCAAUAAAAAGAAGAAUAAUUAUAACUAUCAACAAAAUAAUAAGAUGAAUGGUAAAAACUUUAAUAGUAGAUUGAAGAAGAGUAAAAAAAGCUCAAAUCUAAACAAGCAGAAGAUCAAGAAAAGCUAAAAUAAAAAUAAAACGAUGAAGAAUAGAAGUUUUCAUAAAAGUAAACUGACUAAGAAUAAAAGUAACAAUUUAAAUUAAAAUAAUAAUAAGAAAAUCUAAAUCUUUAGAAUAAAUAAAAUGAAGAUUAAUAAAAACUAAAUACUGACUAAGCUGAUAGAUAGCACAAAAUGCUUGCUAAAUAGUCUUAGGAAUAGCAAUAAUUGUCUUAAAAAUAAUAGUAGGAAUAGAGAAAAUUACUGUAAAGCCAAAAAGAAGAAUAAUAAAAAUUAUUAUAAAAGCAAGAGUAAGAAAACCAUAAAUAGAGCAGUGAAUAAAGAUAAAAUUAACAAAAUGAUGAAUAACAACAAUCUGAGUCACAGUAAUAAAUAUAACAAUUAAAGUAAUUAACACAACUACCAAAUUUAUCUCAUGGAUAAUUUGAAUUAAAAGGUGUAAUUAGUAAUUUAUAAUGA